AGACACUUUGACGGCGAUGUGAAGGGGCAGCAGUGGGAAAUGGGCAGUAUGAGAGCGGGAUUAAAUGCGCUCCACACCGCACCCGACUGUCCAUGCGCGGGCAGAGUGUGUCUGAUAUGAGCUCGGACUGCGAAAGUUACUACAGCAAAGAAAAGGUGUUCGUGGAGGGCUUCACGUGUCCGAAAGCGGACAGUGACACCACGGCACUUUUCUGCUGCGGGUUCAGUGACUUGAAGUACUGUUGUGAUGACCCCAACAGCUUUUUCCCCUACGAAUACGGAUACAUGUGGUGGUUAAGUCUUGGAGCUCUUGUGAGUCUCUCUGUAGCAGCUGUGGUUCUUCUCGCCUUCAUCAUCACUCUCUGUGUCCUCUGCUAUCUGUUCAUCACCACUAAACCCAGAGGACUGGACAACGGGCUGCCGCUCAGAGCACCAGGCUCUACAUUGAGUCCACAACGACCAGGACCGAGUCAUACCAGUGCCCCUGCUGGCCCUCAAGGCCUCAGGAAACACUUCCUGAGGGGCAAGCUGGACUGUGACAACCAGCCCCCGGACCCUGACCGCCUUUUCCAGCGUUGUUUCAUGGCUACUGUGACCUCUAUCAACGUCGAGGGUCCUGCAUAGAUUGACUUUUUGAAGAGCUACUUUUAUCUUGAUUCCUAUUUGGUGGCCACCUACCUGUCACCACUACACUGUAUUUUGUCUCAUUAUAAGACUACAGGUUGGGCUAAAUUUAGAUUUCCACUUAAUCAAACAUAGUUGUCUUUGCUUGAUUCAGUAAAACACAACUGCUAACGAGUUUAUGAAAUCCUCAGAGAAAUUCUCAGUGUUUAAAAAUUCAAAUGUAUUUGUAGCAUCGUGGGUUCCUUGGCAGGAUAUAUACACACCACACUACAGCUUCAGGUAAUGAUUUUUAUUUUUCCACUUACUCACACCCACAAUAUACACCAUUCACACACAGUUGUACGAGCCCCCAUCUCUGGUUUGCCUGGCUAGUGACUAACGUGCUCAAGCUGUUUCCUCUGCACAAGAUCCGUGCCCGUAUACAGUUCAUCAGCCUCCCGGCUGUCCGCCACCGUCUGUGUGUGAGCACACCAUAUAAAGGGGAGAGCAUAAUUAGUCAACAAGACAGCUGUGACAAUUAGCUCUCCCUGAUGCUGCUCACCUGAGCCACUCCCCCACCUGUCCCUCAGCAGCUGACAGCUAACCAUGCCCACCUCCACAUACCCCCACUGCCCGACUUAGGCCGGGGAGCCAUCUGGCCUAACCUAGUCGGCCACGGCCAUCUGUGCCCCGGCCUAUGGAACACCUUGAAGUUAAACGUGGAACCACUGGAGGGGGGGCAUGGUCUGAACAGAGGGUGAAUGGGCGCCCCAGCAUGUAAUAACGCAGGGCCUCGACCGCCCACCGGAUGGCCAGGCACUCUCUCGAUGGUACUGUACCUGGCCUCCCUCUCUGACAGUUUCCGGCUGUUGUAAACAAUCGGGCGGUCGACUCCCUGCACCUGAUGGGACAAAACAGCCCCCACUCCUCUGUUCGAUGUGUCAGUCUACAGAACAAAUUAGUACAACCCGUAUGGAGCGGAGAAGGCUGUUUUCUCCUUAGACUCUGGCGACAAGGGAAUCUGCCAGUAGCCCUUGUUCAAAUCCAGCGUUGUGAAAAAACGAGCGCUGCCUAACCGAUCCAGGAGUCAAAGCGUGACACAUUGUUCACCUUGCGAUAGUCCACACAGAACUGUAUAGUCCAAUCCGUCGUGACUGCAGGAACAAUGGGGCUACACCAGGCACUGUUGGACUCUCCUAUUACACCCAUCUCCAGCAUGGCCUUUAAUUAUUCCUGAACCACUUUUCGUUUGUGUUCCGGCAACUGGUAGGGCCGUGAACGCACCAUCACUCCCGGGUGAGUCUCAAUGUGAUGCUCUAUGAGAUUUGUGCAACCCGGCAGGGGGGAGAACACAUCUGCAAAACACUGUUGCAACUCAGCAACGUCUGCUCUCUGGGACGGUAUGAGAUGGUUGUCAUAAGGGAGCGAGGCAGGAUUGAUAGAUUUUAAAACUUCAGGCCCAAACUCAUCUUUCUCUUUCACUGUUGUCACCAAAGAAACAGACCCCGCCUCUCUCCAUGCUUUAAAGCGGUUGACGUGGUACAUUUGCGUUGCCCCUCCCCUGCUCGACCGCACAACCUCAUGGUCCACGUUGCCCACUCGACGUGUGACCACAAAGGGUCCUUGCCACCUGGCAAGUAAUUUGGAGCUGGAAGUAGGGAUCAAUACAAGCACUUUAUCUCCCGGUGUGAAUUGUCUUAACCUAGCCCCUCAGUUGUACAGGUGUUGUUGACGUUCCUGGGCUUGGAGCAAAUUUUCCCGUGGCAACUGCCCUAGUGUGUGGAGUUUUGCCCUCAGGUCCAGAACAUAUUGAACCUCAUUCUUGCUCGGGCUCAGACCCUCCUCUCAGUUUUCUCUAACUACGUCCAGAACCCCCAGUGGUUUUCUGCCGAACAGCAGCUCAAAGGGAGAAAAUCCUAUGGAGACCUGGGGUACCUCCCACACUGCAAACAACAGAGGAUCUAGCCACCUAUCCCAAUUGUGCUCGUCCUCGUGCACAAAUUUACAGAUCAUGGACUUCAAGGUUUUGUUCAGACGCUCGACGAGACCGUUGGUCUGAGGGUGGUACACGCUGGACCGAAUUGACUUGACGCCCAAUAAUCCAUAAAGUUCUCUCAGUGUGCGUGCCAUAAACAAGAUGCCAUGGUCAGUCAGGAUCUCUUUUGGGAUCCCGACUCGGGAGAUGACCUGAAACAGUACCUGUGCCACGCUCUUUGCAGAGAUGGUGCGCAGAGGCACUGCUUCGGGAUUUCGCGUUGUGUAAUCUACCAGAACUAACACAAAGCGAUAUCCACGUGCGCCCCGGUGAAAUGGCCCGAUGAGGUCCAUACCUGGAAAACUGUUUCCCGACGGCUCUUCGGUACCAGCAACUGUGUAAUCUCUUCCCCUGUCUAUAUAGCCUGUCCCUAAUCAAAGCAAAGUGUGGAUAUGACUGUGCUGCGUCAGGGCAGACCAAAUGACCAUCAAUAUUUAUCACUUGGUCGAAGGCAAAGCGUAGAGUAUCGUCACGAGACUGCUCCAGUGGAAAAUCGUUGGCUGAGGGUAACACAGGAGCCGGCGGCGUCUCUCACCGAGGCGCCACCGGUUCCCCCUCCCCAUCUGCAGCGUCAGACGACCUCGCGUCACCACUGAGCACAGCAUACAUAUCCCAUGUCCCUGUCGGUCGUGAACGCACCCCCACACAGUGCCUCACUAACCUAUCAAACCCGAGCCAAUCUGUACCCAAAAUCAGGGGGUGCAUCAGGCAGGAGCUAAUCGCAGCCUUAAUACUAUAUUUUUUCCCCCGAUGUCUAAUUUCCACCGGCACCACAGCUUCAGGUAACAAUUUUUAUUAUUCCACUUACUCACCCACACAAUAUUUACCAUUCACACACAGUUGUAUGAGCCCCUGUCUCUGGUUUGCCUGGCUAGUGACAGUGCUGAAGCCGUUUCCUCUGCACGCGCUCCAUGCCCGUAUACAGUUCAUCAGCCUCCCUCCUGUGUGUGAGCGCACCUCAGGUCCAGCCCGCUACUGCAUAUAAAGGGGAGAACAUAAUUAGACACAGCUGUGACAAUUAGCUCUCCCUGAUGCUGCUUACCUUAGCCACUCCCCCACCUCUCCCUCUGCAGCUGACAGCUAACCAUGCCCACCUCCACAGUAGUCAUCUAAAGAAAAACUGUAGCAGAAGAACAAGAGUGAUGCAAAUGUGAUCUCAGUUGCUUUACAUUUAACAUUUAUUAGCUUUAGUUUGGGGGGGUCAUACACAUUGUUUGUUGUCAUAUGUGUUUGUGUAUUGUGUCUGUUGCACAUAAUCAAAGCAACACAGAAGUGCUUUUGCUCCUAAUAACAACACUAAGAACAAAACUCUCAUUGCAAAUUCCCAUUAUUUUGCCUGUUGCAUCGGUGCAACAAAACAAAACAGCACAAUUAUGCGCUAUGAUUGUGUAGAAUCAAAUAUUUUGUGGUAGUAAUUCAGCAGAAGAGUCUUUGGAAAAUGAUGUCUGCUGACUAUAAAAUCACAAGAAUUGAAUACAGAUCAUUUAAAAUGCAUGGUUUUAAUUGGCUUUAGAUAGUUGAGAUGAGCUGAGUUAUAAAAGAUUUAUUAGAGCUUAUUCCCUGAAGUCCAGAGGUUGAUAACCUGUUUGUCAUGCAUUUUCAUUUUCUUUAAAACUGAAAAAAAUACGCAGAAUUCAUCACUUCUUUUCAAAAUGAGAUCCACUGAGAAAUAACCUCAAAACAUUCUCUGAAUGAUGAUUAGCCGUUGACAUCAUAGACUCAGAAAUGUUUUUGUUGAACCUGAGAGACAGGGUGAUUUUGACAAACAACAAAAACUUAGUGAACAAUCUAGCCGUGCCUAACUCUCUGAGGACACCGCGUUCAGCCACAUGCUGUGUGUUCGAUUUAUUUGUGCCUGUUCUGGUUUCUUAAUUAACCUGCUGGCUCCAAACUCUGCUUUGCAGAGUGACAGAGAAGUCAGUAAUGAGAGGAGUUGAAUAAUAGAUUUUUUUGUCAUUAAAAUCUUUUUUUAUCAUUAUUAUUGAAAAAAGAGAUAACAAGAAAAAUAUUAGACUUCUUCUAUGUUGCAAACAUCUGGCUUACAGGGCCACUCCACUGAUUUUACACAUGGAGAUCAGUAUACUCAUCAUGGAAUCUUAGAUAACCCUGAUGAUGUCAUCUAGGUUUGGCAUGAGGCUAUAAAAUUUUAACCUAAAGCCUGCAUUACAAACUGGGGGCAUGGAGUUUGAAUGAUCUUUGGUCCAGACUGAAAUAUCUACAAGAACUACAAGAUGGAUUCUGAUGAAAUUUUGUACGGACAUUCAUGGUCCCAGAGGAUAAAUCCAGAUGACUUGGGUGAUCCCUGACUUUUCCUCUGUUGUUUGUGUGUUUGUGUUGCGUUGAAGAUGAUGUCACGGCAGUUUAACACAGCGUCGCUAUGACGAUCAGCGAGUCGAGCCAAGCCGAGCCGUACCAUGCAGUGGAAAUUAGGCUUAAGUACAACCUCACAGAGCCGCUAGCAUGGCUGCAGACUCGUAGUCUUGUUGGUGUUUUACAAGCACAUUGCAUACAUGUUUGCAGCUCACUUAUGAUCAGUAUAAUAACAGAUACUUCGUGGCUGUACUUUACUCAUUUUUAAUUGCUGUAUACAGCACGUCCUGUUAUCUUUAUGUUGUAUCUGUAUUUCCUGAAUACUGGAUAUUAUCAGAAGGAGUGCUGAUUUGUUAGAAGUGACAUAAAAAUUAGUUUUCCUAUAUUUACAUAAAGACAGUCAGUAACUAAAGAAAUGCACACUUAAAUAUUUGAUUUAUGUCAACUGACAAGCAUUUAUAUACAUUCACAAGUGAAUUUCACGCUGCACAGAUGUGAGCUGCUCCAACUAAAAUAGCCUGUUAUGUAAAGCAGGAAAAAGAGGUGUGCAUGAGCAACAUGCUCAGGUCACACAGGUGGUGGACAUUGGCAUACCAGGUAGAAUGGCAGCGGAUUGUCUCUGGCAGCUGCAACAAAGCCAGAACAUGACACAGCCACAAUAAAGAACAGUUCAACUAGUGACAUUUUAUGGUCACCUUUGUUUUCUUUGAAAUGGAACUAUAACAGCUAACAUGUUUUGUCUAAUCUGGACAUACAAAGUUCAGCAGCCAGUGGCUUUCCUUUUGGGGUGACAUAUUGCUUUAAAGUGUAAAUAUAUCCUAAAAUGCUUGUGUAAAUUGUAAACAAUGACAUGAACCCCUCCCAAAGAAAAGAUCUGGAUUUUCUCCCCAUUAAUUAAUAUGCUCAAAGGUGCAUAAAUUAAUAGAAAGUUCACUUGUUGAUUUUCCCAAUGUUUUGGGCAGAGUUGUUGUUUCAAAAAAGCUGGAACCCAAAUGAAGAAAACCAUGCCACAUAUGCAUUCAUCAGUUCUGUGCUUUGUUAAGUGUAAAGGUUGUAGAAGGGAUACAACCUGAAUGCAUCUCAUACCCAGCUGUCAAUCAGUCUCUCACGUCCUGGAACAGUUUGAGUUUUGCUUUGAUGGUGGUGAAGAAGAAACCAUAGCUUCAAGUUGUUGCUGUAAAUUCUUUGUACAACGACUGCUCAGUUCAUUUUAACAAUAUGAAUAUGUCUGUUUAUUAAUGCAUUUAAUUUAAUAAUAAUAAUGAAUUUAAUGAGAUUAUUAAGGACCUCAUUAGAACAGCUAGUUAUGUUUACUAUCGUUGUAUUUUUAGCAAGAUAUUUGGCAGCUCAAGUGCCUCCUACUGAUAAAUGUGUAUUUUAUUAUUAUUAAAGUCAUGAACCCCA